AUUGACUGUCUACUGUAUUCGUUAAGUGAGGCAAAGUGGUGCAGAUUGCACAAGUUACAGUUUUUGUCAUUCAGCCACCAAGAUAAAUGUUGUUAAAGCCUAUCACUAAACUAUGUGCUGAUCAACAACCUAAAUGUUUCAUAGCAAGCCGAGAUUAAACAAAGUCAGGAUCAGAGCAAUUAUGGUGUUAUCCUGUGCCAUUUUAUGAAAUGUGAAGUGGAGUUAGUGUGGUCGGAAUUUUUGUUUCACUUUUUUUAACGAGGUAACAUUUAGUAUCCAUAGAAAAUGUCAAAUGAAAAUUGCAAACAGGAUCAUGUUCCGUUUUAAAGUAAGUGCUGGCCCUUUAAGAAUACUGCAACCAGGAAGUUGUCAUGUUUUAAGGAAGAGAGUUUGCUUUGUUGUUUCCUAUGCACGGUACAUGUAUCGGAUAGAUAGAUUGGGGUAUCGGGGGAGCUCACUGUUACAUUGUAAUGUUGCCUCGCCUGUUGUAACUUAUACUUGUUAUGUUGUGGUUUUGCAAAUAUGAACAGAUCUCAAUUGAAGCGCUCCAACAUUUUAAGAAUGGCGCUUGCUGGUUCCAGGGAUUCCACGGACCAGGAUGGGACGGGCGAGAGUUUCAUAUUGAGAUCCAUCAAAAUAGCUGUCGUGGUGACACUUUACUGGUUUAUCUCCAUCACGAUGGUUUUCCUUAACAACUAUCUUCUCGACAACAAAGACCUAGAUGCACCAAUUUUUAUCACAUUCUUCCAGUGCCUAGUCAGCGUGGGACUCUGUCGGUUAAUGUAUUUCUUAUCCACUCUGUUCCCCGGCAACAUUGACUUUCCCUCAAUGAAGUUUGACCUCAAAGUGUCCCGAGAAGUGCUACCUCUCUCAAUUGUGUUCAUUGGGAUGAUUACUUUCAACAACCUUUGCUUAAAACAUGUUGGAGUCGCCUUCUACACCGUUGGACGCUCGCUCAGCACAGUUUUUAAUGUUAUUUUUUCAUAUACAAUUAUUAAGCAGACAACAUCUCUUAAAGCACUGUUAUGUUGUGGGGUUAUUUUGGGAGGGUUCUGGCUUGGUGUGGAUCAAGAGGGUGUUGCUGGUUCACUGUCCUGGACAGGAGUCAUCUUUGGAGUCUUAGCCAGUGCUUGUGUGUCUCUCAAUGCCAUCUUUACCAAGAAAGUUAUGCCAGUGGUAGAUGGCAGCAUCUGGAAACUGUCCUUCUACAACAACCUGAAUGCAUGUGUUCUUUUUUUACCACUCAUUGUUAUAUUUGGUGAACUGGGAAGUAUCUUUAAUUUUAACCGUUUGGGAGACCCACAGUUCUGGGGUAUGAUGAGCCUUGGUGGACUGUUUGGCUUUGGCAUCGGGUAUGUCACUGGCCUGCAGAUUAAGUUCACCAGCCCUCUGACGCACAACGUAUCUGGCACUGCCAAGGCUUGUGCACAAACGGUCCUGGCAGUGAUGUAUAAUCACUCUAGCAAGUCUCCCUUGUGGUGGACCAGUAAUAUGAUGGUACUAGCGGGCUCCUCUGGCUAUACGUGGGUUAAAGGGAUGGAAAUGAAGAAGGCCCCGGCCCAGAUACCACAAGUAACUGUGUCCAAAGAAAUGACACAGAAAAAUCAUCCAGAUGUAUAGGGCUUUGGGAAGGCCCAGAACAGCCCAGCAGAGGACCAAUGCAAUGAAGACCAAUUAUGUUAUAUAUUUUUGAUUUUGUAAUUAAGACCAUAUUCUGAGUAAUAUCUGGUGAUGCAAAAUGCAUUUGUACUGCUUUUCAUCAGCAGUUCAUCAUUUGUAGGCAAGAAAAAAAAGCAUUUUGGAUUACACAGACAAGAAAUAGUACAAUAAAUGUCCUUAAAUGUUUUUUUAAGUAAGACUGUGAUUCUUAUUUUUUUAUUUGAACCAUAAGUGUGGUUUAGAUUUACCAAUCAGGAAAAAGAAACUACUGAUUUUUUUUGGUUAUAUAUAUAUAUACACAAAAUGUUACAGAGAAACCAUAAAAUGAUAGUGAAAUCCCACGGUGUAAACUGUACGGUUGCUUUACUUGUGUGAAACUAAGUUUAGUAAGUUUCAUAUAUUUAAUUAGUGAUUGGUUUAAUUUUCUUUGAUUGCUUGUCUAUUUUUUUUUGUCAUGUGGCCUCUUUCUCUCCAUCUAUCUCAUCAAAUCUGCCCCCCCCCCCCCCCCCACACACACACACCACCAUGGGAUACACUACAGCCAUGGAAACUUUACAUCUAUACUAUACAUACACACUUCUAGCUUUUAUGACAUUUGGACACUGAGGUAGCAACUGAAACACUCCAGCCAUAGUAACAUUGACAGCAAAGAAUGUAGUUGGGUAAUUGAAGGACAAGGACAUAAAGUAAGGUAACAGUGUAUAUUAUAUAAAUUUGAGAUAUGCUUUGUAUUUUCUCAAAGAUAUGUUUGUGAGUAAUACAUUCUCUACAUAAUCAUAGAAUACACAUGUAGGUGCAGAAUAGAAUGGCUUGCAAAAAUAGAUGUGAGCUGUAACUCGAAGUGGAACAAUAGCUUUGUUUGGUCACAUGAAGUUUUUUUUGUGAUGUUUUUUUUUUUGGUUCAGUUUAAAGGUGGCAUGUACAUGAUGAAAAUAAUAAUGUUAUAACUUGUAGAGUUUUUGUAAAUGUUUUGUAAGUGUAUUUCAUUUUUAUUGCAAAGCAUUUUCAGACAGUCCACGACGGACUGACGGAUUAAAUAAAAACAUCUUGUAUUUUAAA